CAAAAGCGGCCAUCAACACAGCGAGGGCGACUGCGCCUUUAAGACCGCAAAACUACCAGCCGAACCAGCCUCGGUGUCAAUGUGCGAGCGAUGAAUUUACUCGAUAUGGUUUUGUUCAAACUCUUGAUGAUUUUAUACUGCUUAAGCGACACCAAAGGUCAGUAUGGGAAACCCCUGAACAAGUAUAUUCGACAUUACGAAGGCCUGUCCUACGACGCAGACGUCUUGCACAGCAAGCACCAGAGGGCCAAGAGAGCUCUGUCUCACCAGGACCAGUUCCUGCACCUGGACUUCCACGCUCAUGGCAGGCAUUUUAACCUUCGGAUGAAGAGGGACACCUCUCUCUUUGCUCCUGAUCUGAAGGUGGAAGUUUCUGGAGUAGAGAUUCCCUAUGACACCUCUCACAUUUACACUGGAGAAAUUUACGGCGAGAAGGGCACUCUGACCCAUGGCUCUAUCGUGGAUGGGAAAUUUGAGGGUUUCAUUAAGAGCCAUCAGGGCACAUACUAUGUAGAGCCCUCAGAGAGAUACCUCAAAGACCAGAAUGUGCCCUACCACUCAGUCAUCUACCAUGAGGACGACAUCGAUUAUCCUCAUAAAUACGGAGCAGAAGGAGGCUGUGCCGAUCACACUGUUUUUGAACGAAUGAAGAAAUACCAGGCAUCUUCAGUGGAGGAGCCCACCCAGCAGAAGAACCACGUCAUUGACGAAGAGAUAGCUGAUGGACCAGUGAUCCUGAGGAAACGUCGUGCAGCACAGGUUGAGAAAAAUACCUGUCAGCUCUUCAUCCAGACAGAUCACUUCUUUUACAAAUACUACGGCACCAGGGAGGCUGUGAUCGCACAGAUUUCCAGUCAUGUAAAGGCCAUUGACUCCAUCUAUCAAAGCACAGAUUUUCAAGGCAUUCGCAAUAUCAGCUUCAUGGUCAAGAGAAUUAAGAUCAACACUACUGAUGAUGACAGGAAUCCAACUAACCCUUUUCGAUUUCCCAACAUCGGUGUGGAGAAAUUUCUAGAACUCAACUCCGAGCAGAAUCACGAUGACUACUGCCUAGCCUAUGUCUUCACAGAUAGAGACUUUGAUGAUGGAGUCCUGGGUCUGGCCUGGGUCGGUGCUCCUUCAGGCAGCUCUGGUGGAAUCUGUGAGAGGAAUAAGCAGUACUCUGAUGGGAAGAAGAAGUCUCUGAACACUGGCAUUAUCACCGUGCAAAACUAUGCUUCACACGUUCCCCCUAAAGUCUCCCACAUCACCUUCGCUCAUGAGGUCGGACAUAACUUUGGCUCUCCGCAUGAUUCAGGAAGUGAUUGCACUCCGGGAGAGUCUAAGACUCAGGACCAGAAAGAAAAAGGCAACUACAUCAUGUAUGCCAGAGCCACAUCAGGAGACAAGUUCAACAACAACAAGUUCUCCAUCUGCAGCAUUCGCAACAUCAGCCAAGUGCUGGAAAAGAAGAGAUUCCAAUGCUUUGUUGAAUCUGGACAGCCCAUCUGUGGUAAUGGUUUGGUUGAGGCUAAUGAACAGUGUGACUGUGGCUAUAGCGAUCAAUGCAAGGACAAGUGCUGCUAUGAUGCCAGUGCAUCAGAUGAACUGAAGUGUAAACUGAGGCCAAGCGUUAAAUGCAGUCCCAGUCAAGGUCCAUGCUGCACGUCAGAGUGCACCUUUAGGUCCAGCGAUGUGAAAUGCAGGGAAGAUUCUGAGUGUGCUCUUCAGGGCAUGUGCAAUGGAAUCUCUGCCCAGUGCCCCACCUCAACGCCUAAAGCAAACUUUACAUCCUGCCACUCAAAUACCCAAGUCUGCCUUAAUGGGGUUUGCUCUGGCUCUAUCUGUCAGAAGUUUGGUCUAGAGGUUUGCACUUGUGCCACUGAGGAGGGGAAAGACGACACAGAGCUGUGUCAUGUGUGCUGUAUGAAGAAGAGUCAGCCCAACACUUGCAGCAGCACUAGCUCAGAUAAAUGGGCUGAACACUUUAACAAACAGGUCAUCACUUUACAGCCUGGCUCUCCUUGUAAUGACUUCAAAGGAUACUGUGACGUCUUCAUGAAGUGUAGGCUGGUGGAUGCCGAUGGCCCUCUGGCAAGGCUUAAGAAGGCCAUUUUCAACCCUGAGCUUUACUCGAGCAUUGCAGAGUGGAUAGUGGAGCAUUGGUGGGCGGUUCUUCUGAUGGGCAUUGCUCUCAUCAUGCUAAUGGCUGGGUUCAUCAAGAUCUGCAGUGUGCACACACCUAGCAGCAACCCUAAAUUACCCCCACCCAGACCACUGCCAGGCACACUGAAGAGAAGAAGAAAUCCCGCUGCACAGACCCAGCCGCAGCACCAUCGCCAGCAGAGAGAGAACUAUCAGAUGGGCCAGAUGCGACGCUGAGACAGCCUCCUCAUUGCCUUGGUUCUUCCUAGUGCCUACAGUGGGAAACACUUCACUCCAAAGACUUAGCUGUAUCAAUCAAUGAGUCCCAUCUACAAACUAAGAAACUGGCAAAUAAAAGGACUUCAAAGAACUAUACUUAAGAAAACAACUGUUUUAAAGAGUAAGAAACCACUGUUCUGGGAGCCAGCAAAGCUUUCGUUGCAUAGCUCAGAGAAAAAAUCAGAAGCUAGUCAAGAGGAAGAGGACAGAAUUAAUUAUUAUUUUUUCUUUUCUGCUUUUCGCAUUCUUUCUCAAGUGAUUAAGCCAUUUUAUUUCCCUUUUUUGCCUUUUUAUCCUUUUUUUGGGGGGGAUUGCCACCAUCCUGUGGACAUAUGCAUGAUGGGAUGUCACAUAGAUAUCAAUCAUCAAUCAACUGAUCAAUAAUGGCUGAGAGAACUCUUUAAAGAGAAUCAUUUUCCAAUGUUAAUAAGAUGUUUUUAAAAUGCAAGCAAAAGGAUUAAAAAGCUUUUAUUUCUGAAGCUUUCUCGUUGUCUCCAGCAUGCAAUUGUACAGAGAUCUCAAAAUCCAUCAGAUCUUUUUCAGUCAUGUCAUGUUUUUUAUUCUGUUAAUAAUGAUAAUUAAGGAUGUUUAACAGACACUCAGGAUGUAAUAGGAAAUAACAGCACAGAGAGUUUCUAUUGGUGAAAGGCCUUUACUAUAUUCACUUUGCUGAAAGCCACAUUUGUGCAGAGCACUUGUUUUAUUUUUUCCUUCCCAGCUGAUAACCACUAAAUAGCUGUAGUUCUUCAUUUCAUGUGAGAGAGGAAAUUAAUGAGAAGGAUGAUGGUUAAAAAAAAGUCCCCAAAAAAAUGUCACUCCUGAUAUUCUGAGAGUCACUGUUACUUUAUGUGCAGCCGGUAACACUGGUCCCCGCAGGAGACAGACUUGAGAAGAUAAGCACAACAUCAGGAAAUAUUGGGUUUUUCAAUACACAACACAACAGGUUUUUAUUUUGCAAUAAGAUGUUGGAAACAGGAAAGUGUGGACAGUUACACAAAUGAGUAAAUCUCAGUGGUGUGCAUUAGUGAAAGGAUGGGAUCGAGAGAGAGUGAUGAUAAAAGCAAUCUGUAGAUUCUUUAGUGUUUUACACACCAAUCAAUAUUUAUACAAAGCAACCUUUCUUAAGAGAUUUCAGUCGUUACCUCUUUUAAUAGCUAACAAAAAAAAAAACAUCCAGACUAGCAGCCUAUAUAAUCAAUACAUAUAUGCCUUGUGUUGCUAUAUAGUGCAUCUGAACCAGCCCAUAGUAACUACACUGCUCUCACUGCAGUCCAACAUCCUUUUUUUAAAGAAAUCCUUCCAUUCUUUCGAAAUAUGUUUUGAUUGUCUUCUGUGUGUGUGUGUCUCAAAGGCAAAGGGUUACAAAUGAUUCAUGCAUCCCAAAUGUCCUUUUUUAAAGUCUUCUUUUGUGCUUUUUUGUAUUUCAACAGACCAUCUGUUUAUGUUUGUUGAAUGGGAUCCUGGUAGUGUGACAGAGUCCAAUGUCUUCUCAAAAAAACUUGCAUCCUUUCAGGAUGUGCAUUUAAAACAUGGAUGAUUUGCUUAUUUCUAGAAGUCCUCCCUUAGAUCUCACUUGUGUAUGUCUCUCUACAUGUUAAUGGGAAAUGGGUUUUUAGUGAGCUUGACUUUAAUGUUCUGACUCCAGUUAGCUUCAAAUUAAUCAUUUCUGUGUUAUUCUGUGGUAAAUGGGUUUGGUUGAAUUUGUAAGGGAUUUGGCCUAGGGUUUAAAUUUUGUUUUGGUUUUUUUGCGCUUGUAUUUAAGUUUAUAAAUAAUGUGCACUGAUAUGUAAGCAUGGUGUGUGGAUAGAAUAUGAAAAACAAGAUGGAGAAAAUGUCUAAUACUACUGUUUGAUUUUAAUGUCUGCUCCGUUUCAUACAGUUUCUUUUUCUUUAUUGCUUUAUAUUUCCUCUCUCUUCUAUUUUGCGCUCACUUUUGAACAUUUUUAAUAAAUACUUUUUUUUUUUUUUUUUUGAAGUACUUGAAAUGCAUUAAUAAAAUAGCCUUGAUCAAAA